AUGGCGUCUGGCGGGGUUUACCCUUUAGACACGCAGCAGUUGUCUGCUUCAGCGCAACCCGAAACUCCAACUAGAGGUACCUUUGGCACUGAGUUCUUCAAGAUCUUCGCAGGUCCCAAGAAGGUGACUCGAGAUGGUGCAGCUCCCAAACGCCGCGGCCCCAAGCCCGACAGCAAGCCCGCUCUCACUCGACGACAGGAACUGAAUCGCCAAGCGCAGAGGACUCACCGCGAGCGAAAGGAACAAUACAUGCGAGCGUUGGAGACCGAGGUGUCACGGUUGCGGGAGGCUUACACCACUGAAAUCUCCGAUGCGAACGUCGCUCUCCAACAACACAAGGAGAUGCUCCAUACAGUGCGAAAUGAGAAUGAAAUCUUGAAGGAAAUCUUGGCUACUCACGGCAUUAAUUAUGCACCGGAGUUGGAGCAGCGGAUGGCGGAGCGUGGCCCGCUGGCUGGAUUCCAGUCGAGCCCCGUCGCACCUAGCAGCACCGGAUCGAAUACCGCCGCCUUCACCAACGCAACGAGCAACCAGAAUGUCACACCAGCGACCUCGAUUUCAACGGGCUUGAGUCCGCAGGUGACCGGUGGCGUAGACCAUCCCGACAUUUCUCCGAUGGGCUUCGUGCCUCAGCAACAAGUAUACCACGCAAGUCCGAGCGAAAACAUGGCCAUGGACCGGUCUGCGUGUCAGGUCGUUGAUACCCCCGUGCCAGCACUGCGCGGUGUCUUUGAGAGUGAUCCACAGCUUCAGAUUGACUUUAUCUUAACACUCGAAGGUCCCUGCCGCGAACAUACCGACUACCUCUGCCGUCGAUCAAUCACAGAAGCCGAUGACGAGGACAUGCCCUUCUCCGGCCACGCCCUGAUGGCCACCUGCCCACCACCCAGCUACAUCGCCAACACUACCCCCGAACAGGCAUACCCACAUAAGACCUACGAUCUACCUCUCGCCAAUCUCGGCACUCUGCUCAACCUGAGUCGCCAGCUUGUCACCGACGGUCAGAUCACGCCAAUCAUGGCACUACAGUGCCUGAAGAACCAUGAGCUGUAUCCCUCUCUCAGCCGCGAUGAUAUCAAGGUGAUCAUCGAGACGCUAAACACCAAGGUCCGCUGUUACGGCUUCGGUGCCGUCGUCGAAGAUUUUGAGCUCAUUGAUUGUUUGAGUAGUGUGCUCGGCACGACAGUGGAUUUGAGCGUGUCCCGAGUCCGGGGCGACUCUAUGUACUCUUGA